UGGCGGCGUCCUGUAGCAGCCCGGACUGCUUUGCUGUUUAAAUGGUUUGAUCACCUUAUGAUGAUUUGCUCGCCGCGUUCGCACACCUUAAUGUAAUCUGCAAGGAUGACUCACAGCAUAAGAGACACGGCCGGCAGAAAAUCUGCGACGGCAAAACCGACCGUCAACGGCAAUGCAGUCGGGUCAUCGUCGAUAUUCCCGUGCGAAAAUGUCAGGGGCGAGCCGCUGGACUUUUGUGCCAUUAAUUACGGCAAAAACUUAGUCCAGGAAUAUAUAUUUCGACACCAAACCUUCAACACUAAACGAUGGCUUGUCUUAACGCCUGUUUUUCUCCUAUGUUUUCUCCACUUCGGGCUCCAUACGAGAGGAGUCGACAUUCUCGGUCUGUCUCUCAUCGUGUUGUGUCUACUCCUGGUUGUGAAGCUUCGGCGCCGUGUGAAAGAAGAAUCGCUCCUGGUGAUGAGGUCGCUAGGUCUGCAGACCACGACGACAUUCGUGACCGGCAGGCAAGAGUCGCGGUUUAUCAACAGCGAAAGCAUUGAAGACGUCGUGAUUUCGGAAGCAAUAUCCAUGCACAGCGUCAUCUUUUACUUGGUUAUAUUGCUCCACAACGUAGAUUCCAAGGUUCCCAGCCUGGUGCCUUUAUUUCAAAACACCAUGCCAAGGCUCGACGCCCUGAAGAUGGUUUACCGUGGCAUCCAUGACUCAUCUUGGAGCCUGCAACAGUGAUGCCGCAUAUGCAUGCAGUAAUCGGAACUGCCGCCAUCACCUUUUGCUGGCAACCUGCUGUUGACCAAGUCUGUCAGCGCCUUGCAACCACUUGCCAUAUUGACUUAUGUGUUGAUCGUUUUACCAUUUUGGGGGCACUUUUCACCGUAGCCGCUUUAGAUGCCGCUCGUGAUCAGUGACGUCCCACCCUUCUUAUUUACUUAUUUAUAAAAAGCCCAUCCUUUUAAAGUUGUGAAAUUGCCAAGUUCUUAAUCUAGCUUUUCGUGUAAUCAACUGGAAAUAUUUACAUGCUUUUCAUGUCUAGUACAAACUUGGAACAUAUCGCUUGUGUGUGUACUGUCCACCUUGUAGCGGAAGGGGCUGCUUCAUUGUGCCACUUAAAAAGUAGGAAGCUUGAAUGGUCACUCAGCUAUCGAAAGCUUAGCCUUACCUUAAACAGGUACUGACGUCGAAAUUUUAGCUUUGCUGCCUGAUAACUCAUUGCAUUAACAUAUCAUGAACCACACUCUAAAAUUAUCAAGCAUCAGUUUCACUUCUUGCUUUCUUUCUCUCUCUUUCUUUUUCUUCAUCAUCAUCAUCAUCAUCUUUUUUUUUUUUUUUUUUUUUAACUGAAUGGUUCUAUUUCCUGAACACAUUAUUUUGCAACCCUGUGUAGACAUUUGUGAUAGUAGAUUGUGCAGUCUUUGAUAAUGGGGACACCUCACUUCUCAUUCUGUACAGCUCUUGAGACCACAGCUUGGACAUUUGUGUCUUGUACACAGCAUGGUAACCACACUGCACUUCAUAGCCUGUCAUGUGAUGCUGCUGUGUGUCUCCUUAGGUUCACCAUUUUGAAGAACUGAAAGCACAUUGUAAAGGUUCAUGUUAUAAGCUAACUGUUGUGAAUUGGUAAACUGAGCCUCUUAAUUCAUGGUAAUAAUUAUGAAUUAUCAUAAUUAUCAUAAUAAUGAUAAUAAAUGGAGGCAUGCCAUAGCAGGGGGCUCUGGAUCCAUCAUAACCACUUGGAGAUCUUUAAUGUGCACAUAAGUCUAAAUACACAAAUAUUCUUCCAUUCUUCCUUCAGCCAUUGCAGCCAAGAUUUGAACCUGCAGUCUUGCGUUCAUGGCUGAACGUCACAUCCGCCAUAGCGGAACCACAGUGGUGGGUAUGACAAAUGAUUGUAAGCAAGGCAACCCAAAGAAUGAAAAAAUCGCUACUGUAUUAAAGUUUUCAAGUGGUCACUACAGGCAAACACUUAAGUCUGGAUAGGGUGGUAGAUACCAUAUUUACUUAAUAAUAAUGUGCGCUCGAUCUUUAAUGGCCAGAAAUGGGAAGUGCAAUGCUCUUGAUUGUAACUACACACUGAUUUUCAUAUUUACAAAAAAUGUGAAAUGCAAUAUGCUUGAUUUCACCCUAGUUUCAUCCUAAGAGAGAGGAAUACCAACUUGUUCUCAUUUCAAAAAAAAUAAAAUUUAGAGCUCAACUCUGAAGUCAUACGAUGUGCUAUUCAGACAUCAGCUGCGGAUGGUGUCCAUUGAUGAUGCACAAACUUCCAGCACUCGCACCUUCCUUUGAAAUUGGAAGGUUGGAUCCGAGAUUUGAGGGUGUUGCUUUGACCCCACUAAAUGCAGUUUUGGUUUCUCAAUUCUAACAUACAUGUCAUACUGUAGUGAAUUUUUUUAUUAAAGAAACAUCACGUUCAAAUUGAGCCAAUGUGGUAAUUCUCCUGAAAAUCAAUUAUGCACUUGUUCUAUGCCAAGAGAUGACUCAAGUCAUAGAAUUGUUAUGGACCCGUUGCAGUAGCUGGUUAUGACAUGCUGAUGAGCUCAUCGUUGCGCGUUCAGUUUUGGACGCAUUUUGAUAAGGGAAAGAAAAUAAAAAAUAAAGCGCUCUUGUACUUGGAUUUAAGUGGAUGUUGAAGGGACACAAAAGAGAAAAAAAUAACUUCACCUGUAUUAAUGAAAAACCCUUCUACAAUACCAAGAAUGUCACUCUUACCAUUAGGGGAGGCUUGGUAAACCAGAAAAGACACAAAAACUGAAGAUGAAUGGCUAGCAGUAAACAGCGCCAAACAACAGGACGAAGAGAGGGACACAGACCACAGCGCUGACUAACAACUAAGUGUCCUUAUUUUUUCAGUCGGCAUAUACAAUACCGCUAUAUCAUAGCACAGAAGCAACAGCAUUCAGCAAGCGCAGGGGCGAAAAUUGCAAUCAAUGCGAAAGAAAG